AUGUACCUUGGCAGCAUCGCUAUGUCCUUAAACCUGCCCACGCGAGCUGUGCCGGGGGCUGCGACGGUCGUCUUCGAACCGCCAUCAAGAUGGCAUUCCCGUGUUUGCCAGCAGACCGCAGGCAAGGCCUUGAGAGAUGUGACUCUUCUUGCCGGAACCUCUGCGGUCUGGCACCACUGGAGGCGCUGCCGCAAGCAAAGGGCUACGGCUACGACCGCUUGUGGGGUCAUUAGCGACGCCGCCGUCAUGCAAAGGCUGACCAAGGAAGAUGAACCUGAGAUCCAUCUUGGGAAGGGCCUGUUUGGUGCCUCGCAGUUGCAGGAGCUGAUCUCCCUGUGCGACGCCCGGCACGGAUUCGCUGCCAGUGUCCAGCGGCGCAAGGAUGGGGAAGUGGUGGUGGACCAGCACAGGACAUCGAGCUCUUGCCCCAUGCUUUGGCCACUGAUGACCCCACCGGAUCGCCUGCAGAUGCUGCGCGAUGCUGGCAACGUGGCUUUGGCUGAGCAGAUCGAGCAGGAGCUGAGGGCGGUGCAGGCCGUGCAGAGGCGAUGCGCCCAGGUCAUCGGAGUAGAGCAGGAACGCAUCGAGCCCCUACAGUUGGUGAAGUACUUGCCAGGGCAGUACUAUAGCCCCCACAUGGACACACAUGAGGAGCCAGAGAGGAAGUCUUCCUAUGCUGGUGAGCAGAGGACUCAUACCAUGCUGGUUUUUCUGAGCGAUGUGCCUGAGAGCGAUGGCGGCGGACAUCUUCACUUCCCUCGCCUGGGUCUCCACAUCCAGCCUCACCUGGGUGAUGCGGUGCUUUGGCGAAACCUCACGGAGGAUGGCCAGCCAGACCUGCGAGUCCUCCAUGAAGGCGUUGCACCAAAGAGCUGUGAAAAGCUGGCGAUGAAUGUUUGGGUCGCAGAUCGUCCGUUCUCCCUCAGCGCCAUCCAAGCGUGGCAGGCAAGUUCAUCGAGUGCAAAGCCUGCAGCUUCCCAGUUCUUGGAUUGA